AUGAAGUUAUUGUUUGUGUUAGCAUUUAUCGGAGCAGCAUGGUACGCCAUGGAAAAAACACUUUACACAUGGUUGCCCACCAAUUAUGCGUUUGAUCAGGAUACUCUGCAUGCCAUUGCCAACCGUGUCAUUGCCACGCACAACAGUUUGGGCGAAAAAACCACCACGGAGGCUUUGUUGAAAGACGUAAGAGAUGAAUUGGCGCUAUACUACGGUGACGAUUACAUCAACAAAUAUGUGAGUGAAGAAUGGGUCUUCAACAAUGCAGGCGGGGCCAUGGGCCAGAUGCUCAUUUUGCAUGCGUCGUUUUCCGAAUAUUUGAUUCUUUUCGGCACGGCUGUGGGCAACGAAGGUCACAGCGGUGUCCACUUUGCCGAUGACUACUUUACUAUUCUCAAAGGUACUCAAUACGCCUCGCUGCCAUACAAUCCUUCACCUGAGAUUUACACUGCGGGCAUGAUGCACCACAUGAAGAAGGGCGAAGCCAAGCAGUACGGCAUGGCUCGUGAAUCGUUUGCGCUUGAAUACGCACGCGGUUGGAUUCCCUGCAUGUUGCCAUUUGGGUUCCUAGAUACGUUUACCAGUACUCUGGACUUUUACACCUUGUACAGAACCGUGUAUUUGACUGGUAGGGACAUGCUAAAGAACCUGGUGGUCAACAAAAAGUUUUAA